AUGACUGCAAAAUACCAACACAUUACCAUAAGUAUGGAUCCUGUUAUACACCAUGUUGCUCAUUCUGCUUCAACUAUAGCUAAAAUUGUUCAUAUUCACAUUCAUGUCAUCAUGGAAAGCUUACACCUUUGGACAAGUCCAUUCCAUCAGCAACCUUACUUAGUUGAUAUCCCAUCACUAUCAUGGUUUCAACUACCUGUCCACCACUGCCUCUUAGCACUUCCAGGCGUUCGAAAAGAGUAUCUCAACAGAGUCAUAAGUCAUCCACAAGCCUUAGCACAAUGCGAGCUCACAUUAACAAAACUCGGUUUAAACGUAACUCGUGAAGCUGUUGACGAUACCGCCGGCGCUGCUGAAUACAUAGCUUCCCACAACCUCCGUGACACAGCUGCAAUCGCCUCCGCACGCGCUGCCGAUCUAUACGGUCUCCAGAUCUCAGCUGAAGGAUUCCAGGACGAUUCAAGCAACGUAACUCGUUUCGUUAUGCUAGCUCGUGAACCAAUAAUUCCUCGAACCGAUCGUCCAUUCAAAACAAGCAUCGUCUUUGCACAUGAUAAAGGAACAAGCGUCCUGUUCAAAGUUUUAUCAGCUUUCGCAUUCAGAAACAUCAGUUUAACGAAAAUCGAGCCACGGCCUCACCGGAAUCGUCCGAUCCGGCUAGUCGACGACGCUAACGUCGGAACGGCGAAGCAUUUCGAGUACAUGUUCUAUGUAGAUUUCGAAGCUUCCAUGGCGGAUGUUAGAGCUCAAAAUGCAUUCGCUGAAGUUCAGGAGUUCACGUCAUUUUUGAGGGUUUUGGGAAGUUAUCCAAUGGAUAUGACUCCAUGGUGUCCUUCUCGUUUAAUUUUCUUCUUUUCCACAAAUUGUGUACUACCCUAAUUAUUAAAAUACUAA